AUGGUAAAAUUUUCAGAUAUCAAGAUGUCGGAAUCAGACUUACUAACCGCUGACCAAUUGGAUGGAUUUGACGAGUUCGAGAACGGAGACUCCCGCCAGGACGAGGAUUCAAUUUUGCAAACGGAGGAGAACACCAAGGAAGAAGUAACCGAGUCAAGUAUCGAUCCAGAGUUGGAAGCUAUAAAGGCGCGAGUCCGCGAAAUGGAGGAAGAAGCCGAGAAGCUGAAGCAGUUGCAGUCCGAGGUAGACAAACAGAUGAACAUGGGGGCCCUGCCGGGCAUGAUAUCCCUGAACACCUCGAUGGAAGAAAAAAUAGAGAUAGACAAUCGGUCCAUCUACGUGGGGAACGUCGACUACGGAGCCACCGCGGAAGAGCUCGAGCAACACUUCCACGGGUGCGGUAGCGUCAACAAAGUAACCAUCCAGUGCAACAAGUACGACGGACACCCCAAGGGAUUCGCGUACAUCGAGUUUGCAGAGCGCGACGCCGUCGAGACAGCGAUGGCUCUUGAUGAGUCUCUUUUCAGAGGUCGCCAGAUAAAGGUCAUGCCCAAGAGAACGAACAAACCGGGGAUCUCGACGACCAACAGAGGACCCCGAGGAGCCAGAGGAUAUCGCGGAGCUGCUCGAGGACUCAGUCGCGGCAGCGCUUACUUCAGGUCGAGACCCAUGCGGCGACCAACCAGCUAUAGACGCGGAUACUACAUGCCCUACUAA